AUGUUGAGGUCUCUCGGGCUCGUCGGCAGCAUUGCUGCUAUCCUCCCGGGCGCAUUGGCUUGUGGCCACGAUGAUUGCUACGGACCGAUUGACAAGGUCGAGCACGUUCGUCACGUCAAGCGCAUGCAGCCCGGCGCGCCUAAUGCCACAUACGGACCAAAAGCACCCCUUGAAUGGGGCCAGGUCAAUUUCCUCCAUACCACAGAUACCCACGGCUGGCUCCAAGGCCAUUUGAAGGAGCAAAACUACGGCGCCGACUGGGGCGACUUUGUCACUUUUGGCCGUCGCAUGAAGCAGACUGCCGGAAAUCUGGGAGUCGACCUGCUUCUCGUUGACACUGGUGACCUGCAUGAUGGCACUGGUCUUUCGGAUGCUACGAAAGAGGAUGGCACCAAGUCGAUGCCCAUCUUCAACGAAAUCGAGUAUGACUUGUUGACAAUCGGCAAUCACGAGCUCUACGUCAGCGAGGUCGCAUACCAAAUGUUCAAUGACUACUCCAAGAAAUGGGGAGACCGAUAUGUCACGUCCAACGUCAAAGUUCUCAACCAUAAGACCGGCGAAUAUGAAUAUGUGGGCGCCACCCAUCGUUACUUCACUACUCCCAACGGAUUGCGUGUCAUGGCUUUCGGUGUUCUUUUUGACUUUACUGGAAACUCCAACGCCUCACAAGUCAUCAAAGCCAAUGACAUGGUAAAGGAAAGCUGGUUCACUGAGGCCCUUACUAGCAAGAAGCCGGUCGACUUAUUCAUCCUCUUUGGCCACAAUCCCGUUCGCGCCACGGACAAGUACAGCACGUUCAAGGUCGUAUUCGACGCCAUCCGCGCUUCUCAUCCCAAGACGCCCGUCCAGCUACUCGGUGGACACACCCAUAUCCGAGACUUUGCCGUCUAUGAUGACAACGCCGUGGGCAUUGAGUCUGGCCGGUACUGCGAGACGCUGGGCUGGAUGUCCGUCUCUGGAUUCGACAAAUCCAACAGCGGAUUUCACGGAGUCGGGAACCCUCAUGGUGUGCCCAACCCUUCUCGACCUGCCAGGGAGGGUGCCAAGUCACCGUUUGUCUAUUCCAGACGGUACUUGGACUGGAAUCGAAAAACAUUCCUCUACCACUCCAAGCAAACUGAGAAGACGUACGACUAUCAUUCCGGCCUGCGAGUUACCGGCGACAUCACCAGGGAUCGUGAGGAGCUCAAGCUUGGCCAGGUGUACGGAUGUGCUCCGCAGGACUAUUGCAUCGACUGCGCGCCCUUCACUGAUGACAAGAAGAACAUCUUCCCCGGUGUCAUUUACCCUGCCGUCUCGGCCAUCGUCUUGAACGAGACCCGCAAGGACAAGUCUCGUAUUAUUCUGGGCAACACUGGCGCUAUCAGGUUCGACCUGCACAAGGGACCCUUCACGUAUGAUGACAACUUCAUUGUGUCGCCGUUUAGGGAUGUAUUUUUUUACAUUGCGGAUGUUCCUUUUGACAAGGCAUCCAAGGUUAUCGGCCGGCUCAACAAUGGCGUAGUCGACAAGCGUUUUGCCUCCACGCGCAUCCCAAGCGAUGAGUGCACCAACCCAACGCUCGGCUACAUGAGCCGUCGCGAUAUGCGCGAAUCUCGAGGGAUUGUUCGCCGCCAAGACGCCGUUGUUCCCGGCUAUACCACCGAGGAUGACUGGGGCACCGACGGCGAUGACACCGAGCACUCCGAUAUUCCUAGCUUCAGCAUCCCGGGGUAUUGGGAGGCGCGGGCGUCAUUCCCCAAGGACGGCAGCAACCCUGACAAAGUUGAUCUCAUCUUCUUCGACUUUAUUCAGAGCCAUGUGCUUGCAGACCUUGGUGCGGGUUUUACUGCUGACAUGGUCCAUUGCUAUAUCAACUGUACUUUUACGUCUCAGGAUUUCAUGUUGCCGUAUGCCAAGCUUGCGUGGCGGGAGAAUGUGGCUAACUGCCAUAUCUGA